AAAGUAUGUUUAUUUAUGUCUGUAGCUGCGAUGUUGUUUUCACUGGUCAGAGUGGCAAGGCAGCAGUUGUGCCAAGCCUUUGGGGUCAGGGGAAAUGGGUUUAGAUUUGCACUUCCCUGCUCAGCUUCAAUCCCAUCUCUAAGUCACAGCAAUCGGUGGAGAGGUGACAAAAGUGAGCUGAAAAGACGAAUGAAGGCUGACAAGAAGGCAGCUGACAAGGAUGCAAAGGUUAAGGAGACUUUGGAGCAGAAGAAAGGAUCCGAUGGAGAUGGUGACCAGAAUGCUUAUGGGGCAGAUGAAGAGACUCUGGAUCCCAAUCAAUACUUCAAGAUCCGUACCCAGGCCAUCAAUGCCCUCAAGGGCACAGCGGAGGACCCUUAUCCUCACAAAUACCAUGUUGAUUUGUGCCUCACCGACUUCGUUGAGAAAUACAAUCAUCUGCAGCCAGGAGACCAACUCACAGAUGUCGUACUCAGUGUUACAGGCCGUGUCCAUGCCAAGAGAGAGUCUGGUGCCAAGCUGCUCUUCUACGACCUGCGGGGAGAGGGUCUCAAGUUGCAGGUUAUGGCAAACUCAAGGACCUACAAAUCGGAGGAGGCCUUUGUGGCCAUAAACAACAAGCUGCGCCGAGGGGACAUCAUUGGCGUCCGCGGUAACCCCGGGAAGACCAAAAAGGGGGAGCUGAGCAUCAUUCCCGUCGAGAUGACGCUUUUGUCUCCUUGUCUGCACAUGCUGCCCCACCUGCACUUUGGGCUUAAAGACAAGGAGACACGCUUCCGUCAGCGCUACCUGGAUCUGAUCCUCAAUGAUUAUGUGAGGCAGAAGUUUUUAACGCGUGCGAAAAUCAUUACAUACCUGCGGCGCUUCCUGGACGAGCAAGGAUUUUUGGAGAUUGAGACUCCAAUGAUGAACCUCAUUCCGGGAGGUGCGGUGGCUCGUCCAUUUGUCACAUACCACAAUGAUUUGGACAUGAACCUCUACAUGAGAAUCGCUCCUGAACUCUACCACAAGAUGCUUGUGGUUGGUGGAAUAGAUAGGGUGUAUGAGAUCGGGCGCCAGUUCAGAAACGAGGGCAUCGAUCUAACUCAUAACCCUGAGUUUACCACCUGUGAAUUCUACAUGGCGUAUGCAGACUAUAACGACCUGAUGGAAAUCACAGAGAAACUUCUCUCAGGGAUGGUGAAGCACAUCACCGGAGGGUACAAGAUCACCUAUCAUCCGGAGGGUCCUGAGGGACAGGCCUACGAGAUCGACUUCACCCCUCCCUUCAGAAGAAUCUGCAUGACCGGGGACCUGGAGAAGGAAAUGGGCGUCAAGUUCCCAUUGCCGGAAACCUACGACAGUGACGAGACUCGCAAAUUCUUUGAUGACCUGUGUGCACAGAAGGGAGUGGAAUGUCCUCCACCCAGAACCACAGCUCGUCUCCUUGACAAGUUGGUGGGAGAUUUCCUUGAGGUCACGUGUAUCAACCCUACAUUCAUCAUGGAUCAUCCACAAAUCAUGAGUCCACUGGCCAAAUGGCACAGAAGCAAGAAGGGUCUGACUGAGCGCUUUGAGCUCUUUGUGAUGAAGAAGGAGAUCUGCAACGCCUACACCGAGUUGAAUGAUCCCAUCAGACAACGGGAGCUCUUUGAGCAGCAGGCCAUGGCCAAAGCAGAGGGUGAUGACGAGGCUAUGGGUGUGGACGAGACCUUCUGUACAGCGCUAGAGUACGGUCUGCCACCCACCGCUGGCUGGGGCAUGGGAAUCGACCGUGUCACCAUGUUCCUCACGGACUCCAACAAUAUCAAGGAGGUACUCCUUUUCCCCGCCAUGAAGCCCGACGACAACAAGGCGGCGCCGCCCACUGAGGGCACCUCUGUUUAGUGCUGUUGCCUUUCACUGUCUGGAGACAUGCAGGCUUUGGAAUGGGAUUUAAUCUGUGCACUCCCAUUAUUAUAAGUGUCAACAUUAUAGCUUUGCUUCAAGUUAUUUUUGUCACGGCGUUUUCACAAAAGUUACGCAAGUUACAUUUCUGUCCGAUUCGUUUUUGUAAUGAAUUAACAGGGAUUUGUUGAUUUUAUUGUUCUUUUAAUUGUGAUCACAUACACUGUCUCCAUCUUUUUCAGAAGUAUACGGAAGCAUUUCAUCCCAUAAAACCUGUUCAUGUAUGGUUUAUUUGUGACAUUAAAGGGGACAUAUUGUACCACUAGGUAUGAGUGUGAUUAGCCUUACAAGCCGUUUUGAAAAUCACUAGUGGGCGUGUCUACCUAGAUCUGUGCUGGAUAGAUCAGUCUACCAGCCUACCCAGUGGACUGAAGUAAACGUUGCUCAUCUAUCCAGCACAGAUCUAGAUGGACACACCCACUAGUGAUUUUCGAAACGGCUUGUCCCCUUUAAGGGCUGGAAGUACAGUGUGGAACAUAGGAAUACAAAUGCAUAAGAUGUUGUCUUGAUCCUUAAAAUAAAUUAAUAAAUUACCAUUCACAAAAUUAGCAAAUGUUUCAUGUGGCACAAGGUAUAUAGUGAUAGCCUGGUCCUUCCAGACUCUCGUACUUCAUUUCACUUGUACAGAGAGUCUGGAACUAUUCAAUUGACAAACGUUAACUCGCAUGAAGGCGGGUGUCUUUUGAAGUUUAAAACUAAUGGAUCUACCCAGUGCCACUGGAUCUGCCAUAACCAAUCGCUAACGUUUGGCUGGGAAUCACGUUUCGAGCAGGCUGUAAACCAACCAAACACUGUGCGUGAAGACCCAGACCUAGUACUGAAGGGAUGUUCAAAUUGAGCAGAAGUACUUAGGCAGGCGGAGCCAGGCUAAUAUACUGAUUGGUAAGAAUGUCAAAUUUUCGUUAUGGUGCUCAUAGGAUAUUUGGUCAAGAUUAGAAUGGAACCACAUAAUAAAGAUCAUACAAAUAUA